AUGGACGACAAGAAACCAAGUACACCUUCGAAUCCAGACGAAAAUACGGAAACAUACCCGAAACUUCCCUCGCCAGUAGUUGCAAGAAGCUACCAUGCUCUCAACGGCUCCAAUAUAACCUCUCCCCAAAUUGCCUCCCUCCGUUUAAAACCAACAAAAAGUACCGAUUCUCUCACAAAUCAUCCCUUGCAGAAUGUUGACGAAGAAGAAAGCGAUGUGUACUCUACUUGGUCAAGUCAACUAAUUAGAAGAUCUCCGUCGUCGUCUUCAACUUCUUCCUCGUCUUCCCUACAGCCAAGAUUUUCUUCCCCUCACCCUGUACCAGGUGGCUCAGUAGGCGGUUUGUUACUCACUAAACUUCGUGAAUUGAAUGCGGACUUUUCAGGCAUUGUGCAAAUGUUAAUUGCUAAAAAGGCAACACUCUUGCUCCCUGCGUCCCAUGUAAUGCCUUUCGAACAAAUUGAUCUAGCUCUUCUCGAAGAUCAUGUAGUUGUGUCUCAACCAAGUGAUGAUGGUCAUAAAGUAAUAACUUUGAAUGGUAUUACAGGUUUUAUUCUGCAGGAUACAUUAAAGUUGAUCGGCUUAGUACCAUCUGAACCAGAUAUUUCUACAUAUAUUAAAGAAAAUUCAAAGAUUCGCAAGUUAGUUUUUUCUACAUUCUAUCCCUACAAAGACCAUUCCGACGCCGAUAUCCUUUUGCAAGGCAUGACUAUUCAAACAAUAGUAAUCGAAUCACCUUUGCGAUCGAAAGAAGUUGCAGAAAGUAUUUUGGCGCUUAAGACACGUAAAGCAGUAGAGCGUAAAACUGAAAGUAUAGUAGUUUUACCUAAUUUACCGGAGAAUUUUUCAAAAGAAGUUAAUGACUUUAUCGAUGAAUAUAUUAAACUACCUCCACAAGAUGAAAAUGCAUCAUGUGAUAAAAUUCAAGGUCUUUUUGAUAGCAUACAUUAUCAACUUGAAUCACAAGUGGAAUUACAAAUGGAAUCAAAUGAAGAAAAAGAGGAUGAUAAUGAAAAUGAAAUAGAUGAAUCUAUGAAUCUUGUUGAAAAAUAUGUAUGCACUGUACUUUAUGAUCACAUAUUUUGUCCAAAGUGGGCUGAUGAUGGUUCGGCGGAUGAUACUUUAGGAUCAAAAAUAGCUGCUUUAAAUUUCUACAAAUUAGGUCUUUCACAUCUUGGUAUUGCUGUUAAUCCGCAGCAAGAGCAGAUAGACAUUGCUGUUCAAACGGCGGGAAAAGAAUUACAAAAUUUGGUUCAAACGAAGGCUCCAUAUGAGAAACUCGAAAUAAUUAUUAGAUGCCAUAGGAUUGUGGUUGAUGCACUUGAGAAAAAAUUACAAAAAUCUCCAAGCAAUUCAAAUGAAUCAAGCGAUAAAACAAACGCUGCUCAAGACACAUCUACAGUGCCAUUACCAAAUAUCUUACCACAAACAUCCGAUUCGCCUGCACUGAUAUCUUCACCUACAUCUCUCACGUCUUCAGCACCAACUUCACCAAAAUCCCCAACCUUUCCUUCGGAGGAAAAGACUAAUAAUCCUAAUGCUGAUGCGAUAUUUCCCUUAUUGAUCUAUAUUGUUGUUAAAUCUAAUCCUAAAAAAUUGAUUUCAAAUUUGAGAUUCAUGCAGAGGUAUCGAGUACGAAGUUUGUUGCGUGGGGAAGCUUCUUACUGUCUAACAAAUCUGUUAGCAAUCGUUGAAUUUUUAGGAAAAAUGGAUCUUAAGGAGUUAGAUUUGCCAUCUGAUAAGCCUUUGAGUGAACAAAUACCUUCAGUCCCAACCACACCAACAGUUAUAGAACAGAGGGUCAGCCGUAGAGUUGGACAAGAAAUUGUUGGCGUUGCCGACAGUGGUCUUAAAGUUAUCACAGGAGUUGUAGAUACUUCAUACAAGAUGAUCGGUCGUGUUUUUGGAUAUAAUGAGCACUCUACUGCGAAUGCCACAUCGACAUCAACAGGAGACAUUGAAAAAGAACAUGAUGUGAUACCAAACACUACCAAUUCUAUGACUCAUUCAAAAGAUGUUAGUAUAAAUACUGAUCCACCUGCAAAAGUUAUAGAAAAGGAAUUAGCAGAAAUGAGCCCUGAUAAACAUAACGCUGAAAAGAACAAAAAUGGGGGAAAUUCUCAAAUUGAUGAGCCUAAAUCCUUGACUGAACGUUUACUUCCUUCUUUUAACAUACUUCCACGGUUCAGUAGUGGUGGUACUCAUCCGGAAGAGGAACAUAAAGAAGAACAUAAGGAAGAUAAAAAAGAAAAUAUAAAAGAAAAUAAAGUAGAAAAUCAAGAAGAAAAUAAUGGAGCAAGUAACCAACAUCGUAAGAUAGCACCACCUAUUAAACGAUUUUUAGAUUGCCCAGAUGAUGAAUUUCGUGCGAAGGAUGUGCAAGAGCUCUUGUCUGAUUAUAAACGACUGUCGGCUGCUAUUCAGGAACUUGGUCUUUUUUCAUCUUGA